AUGGCAGGGCGGCGGGUGAACGUGAACGUGGGCGUGCUGGGCCACAUCGACAGCGGCAAGACGGCGCUGGCGCGGGCGCUGAGCACCACGGCCUCCACCGCCGCCUUCGACAAGCAGCCGCAGAGCCGCGAGCGCGGCAUCACGCUCGACUUGGGCUUCUCGUGCUUCUCGGUGCCUCUGCCCGCGCGCCUGCGGGCGGCGCUGCCCGCGCCCCCGGCGGCGCCCGGAGCCGAGCCCGAGCCCGGCGAGCCGCAGCUUCAGGUCACGCUGGUCGACUGCCCCGGGCACGCCUCCCUCAUCCGGACCAUCAUUGGCGGGGCCCAGAUCAUUGAUCUGAUGAUGCUGGUCAUCGAUGUGACCAAAGGGAUGCAGACCCAGUCCGCGGAGUGCCUUGUGAUUGGGCAGAUUGCCUGCCAGAAGCUGGUCGUGGUGCUGAACAAAAUAGACCUCUUAGCUGAAGGGAAGAGACAGGCAGCGAUUGAUAAAAUGACAAAGAAAAUGCAGAAGACCCUAGAGAACACCAAGUUCCGAGGUGCACCGAUUAUAUCCGUGGCGGCCAAGCCUGGGGGACCAGAGGCCCCCGAAACAGAAGCUCCACAGGGCAUCUCAGAGCUCAUUGAGCUCCUGACGUCCCAGAUUCCCAUCCCGACGAGGGACCCCUCGGGACCAUUCCUCAUGUCUGUGGACCACUGUUUCUCCAUCAGAGGCCAAGGCACUGUGAUGACAGGGACCAUCCUCUCAGGCUCCAUCAGCCUCGGCGACAGUGUGGAGAUUCCUGCCCUCAAGGUGGUGAAGAAGGUGAAGUCCAUGCAGAUGUUUCACAUGCCCGUCUCGUCAGCUAUGCAGGGAGACCGACUAGGCAUCUGUGUCACCCAGUUUGACCCCAAGCUGCUGGAGCGUGGCCUGGUGUGUGCCCCCGAGUCCCUGCACACUGUCCAUGCAGCCCUCAUCUCUGUGGAGAAGAUCCCGUACUUCCGGGGGCCCCUGCAGACCAAGGCCAAGUUCCACAUCACAGUGGGCCAUGAGACGGUGAUGGGCCGCUUGAUGUUCUUCAGCCCUGCCCCUGAUAGCUUUGACCAUGAGCCUGUGCUAGACUCCUUCGACUUCUCUCGAGAAUACCUCUUCCAGGAGCAGUACCUAAGCAAGGAUUUGGCACCAGAGGUGACAGACAGUGGCGAGGCUGACAAGAAGACGGGCCAGGCCACGGGAGGCCACUGUCCUCGGCAGCAGUGGGCCCUCGUGGAGUUUGAGAAGCCUGUCACCUGUCCCCGGCUGUGCCUGGUGAUCGGCUCAAGGCUAGAUGCAGACAUUCAUGCCAACACGUGCCGGCUGGCUUUCCACGGCAUCUUGCUCCACGGGCUGGAGGACAAGGACUAUGCCGAGAGUUUCUUGCCCAGGCUGAAAGUAUAUAAGCUCAAGCACAAGCAUGGCCUCGUGGAGCGGGUGAUAGACGACCACAGCGUGAUCGGCCGGUCCCUGUUCAAAAAGGAGACCAACAUACAGCUCUUCGUGGGCCUCAAGGUGCACCUGUCCACUGAGGAGCUGGGGGUCAUCGACAGCGCCUUCGGCCAGAGUGGCAAGUUCAAGAUCCACAUCCCUGGUGGCCUCAGCCCCGAGUCCAAGAAGAUCCUGACGCCCACCCUCAAGAAGCGGGGCCGGGCCGGACGAGGGGAGGCAGCCAAGCAGGAGGAGGGGGCAGAGCGGCCCGAGCCCACACAGCACGUGGCCCUCAGCCUGUCUUUCAAGCGUUACGUUUUUGACACCCACAAGCGCAUGGUCCAGUCUCCCUGAACGUUCCAGUGACCUCCCCCGGGGCCACCUUGCCCAGGCCCCAGGCUGGGCCGCGAUGCCAAAUGCCCAACCAGAUGUGCCUCGACCCCCUUUAGUACAUCCCUCCCCAUGACUCUGGAGGCACGGGCCCCCGGGCCUGGCACUGAGCCCCAUUGAGAAGCCUGGAGGAUGCAGGGGCAGUGUCACCAGUGCUGGGGCCGAGAGGGUCUGUCCCUCCACCCUGGCACCCUCCCACCUACUGGUGGCCAGUGUCUCCCCAGCUGCCCAGCCGGCAGCCAUGUGAGGGCCAAUCCAUGCCCUGACCCCAGGUGGCCUGGCACUUGCCAGCUGCAAAUAAAUGUCCUGUGGUGCCUGCUCUC